GAUUAGCCAAGUGAAGUGCUGGCAUAAAAUAAAAUGGCGAGAAUAUUUUAUGACAGCCAGUUUGUUUGUUUGUCCAUAGUUCCUAUUUUGUGGAACAAUUAUUUUUGUAUUUAUUCAAUAUUCGUGGAUUUUGCUCGUUUUGUGCAAUGAAUAAUUGGACGCUGUACAAAAAUUCUAAAUUAAAAUGUUUAUCAUCACAGAAGACAUGAGAAUAAAUAUAUAAGCAUUUUAAACUUACAUGUACUCAUAUUUAACAUUAAUUCUGUGUGAAAAUAAUUUAAAAAAUGGAAUGCAUUGUGAAGAAUUGCACGGGUGAUAUUAAAAUUCGAAAUAUCAGUCAUGAAAUCACAUUUCAUCUGUUUCCGAAAGAACGGAAUAUACGGCAAGCCUGGUUAGAAUCUCUAUACCUGAUGGAGUUCGAGGUGAGAGAUGACAGUGUGGUUUGUUCCAAACACUUCAGUAAAAAUGACUUCUAUGAAGACAAGCAGGGGCAGAAGAAGUUGAGGCACGGAUCGGUACCCAUUGUUGAUGAAUCGGAAGAUCUAGACGCUCCCGCCGCUACACGAGUUUGCAGAAUAUGCCUUGCCGUCAAUGUGAAGAUGUACAAUAUAUCUGAGAACCAGUUGGGUCAGGCGUACCAACAGAUCUUUGGUAUUAUGUGGGAAGAGAAGGAUAGCAUGCCGCAGAAGUUUUGCUGGGAAUGUGCUGGCAGACUGUACUCCUGUCACAAGUUCUUCAAUAAAGCUUUGAAAAGUCAUAAACUACUGAUGGGUGUAUUGCGGACAACGUCAUAUCUCAAAUUAAGGGACAUUAAAUCAAUCAGCAGAUCUUACUACAACCUCCAAAGCAGCCUAAUGCAACAGUCAUACAACCAUGAGAUCGGGGUUUAUCUUCCAGCGAAACAAGAAAAGACGGAACAAGAAAAUCCCGAAGAAGCCUUAGAACAAUGCAUCGCUGAACCUCUGGACAGUGGAAUAGCAUCCAUAGAAGUCAAAGUUGAAAAACCUUUAGAGUUCUACGAUGAGUUUGGUGACAACUUGGGUGAUCAAUUCGAUGAUUCCGAUGACAAUGUGAAACUUAGUGAAGUGGUCGACAGAGUUGAUAAGACUGACAGUGGUAGUGUAGUGAAACCCAAAGUGAAAGUUAAAGUGAAAAAAAAGAAAGUUAAAAUUGAAAGGGACAGGAAGAAAGUUAAGGAGAAACGGAAGAAUGAAGAGGAGGAGAAUCCGUCUUCCACUAUGGAUAAGUACAAAACAUCAGACGUUAAACGUAGAAAGAGUGAUGGCUUAGACGAAUCUUUGUUCAAUAUAACCACACUUUCAUACGAGGAGCAAAUAGCGGAGAUACAGAAACGACAAGAGACGUACGCUUACAAGAGCGCUGUGUACAAGUGUACUAUAUGUUAUAGGGGGUUCCUGAUUAAAGAUAGAUAUGAUGCACAUGCAGUGAGGCAUAGUGAUGCAAGCGGUGCAUUCGAAUGUUUCAUAUGCAAAACUAGACUAAAGACAGGUAGAGCUCUACGGAAGCAUUUAACCGCUCAACACACUGAAAAGUUUAGUUGUAAGGGGUGUCCGUUCGUCACGAGAAAUCGGGGUGUAGCAAGAGAGCAUGAAAAAUGGCAUGCAGGCACCAAGUACCAGUGUCCACAUUGCCCCAGCGAAUUUGAUAAACUCACUACGUACAUGGGUCAUAUAAGGAUAAAGCAUGUUUCGGAUUUCGUUUGCGAACUGUGCGGAUUCACUUUUGUCAGUAAGAAGGGCAUCGAAGUUCACAAGAAGAAGAAACAUAGGCUUUCUGAUAAAACAGUUCCAGUAGACGGCCCGUAUUGCUGUGUCUGCGAUGUCACUUUUGUAUCGGAAGAAGCGCAUUCCCGACAUCUGAAGCUAUCUUCAAGGCAUAGCAGUGAUAAUGAUCCCAAUCGCAUCAGAAACGAUUCUCAAAGCAUUAACACCGAACGAAACGGUAGAGUUAUGAGGAAAAUUGAACGAAGACCAGUGAUCAACCCCAAGGAUCCCGGAGACAGGGAAAGAAGACCUGAACCCAGCGGGCCGGUGACUUGUGAACAGUGCGGUAUCCAACUUCGCGAUUUAAGACUCUACGCUCAACACUUUAGGCGAGCUCACCCGGACAAGAAUCGAACCAAGUACCCCGCAAUGAAGACCCCGUGUAUGUGCGAGCAGUGUGGCAGGAUAUUCCAGAGUAUGGCGCUGCUAAAAGACCACAUGUGGGUCCAUACCGGCGAGAAACGUUUUAAAUGCUCCUCGUGCGACAAAAGCUUCACACAGAAGACGAACCUGGUGUUCCACAUGCGGGUGCACAGCGCUCAGCGACCCACCUACGAGUGUCCCUUGUGUGGAAAGCAUUUUGCCUUCUUCAAUAACCGGAGGCGGCAUAUGUUUAUCCACACAGGCCUGAAGCCUUUCAAAUGCGAUACUUGUGGGAAAUGCUUCACCACAUCUGGCGAGCAGAGGGCUCACGUGGAACACGUGCACCUGAAGAAACCGUGGCCGAAGCGGGCCCGCGGCCAGAGACAAUCCAGAGAUAUGCAGGAGGACUGGCAUAAAUGUGCCAUGCAGCAUAUGGAAGACUAACAAUGGAAAAAUAUUUCAACGCAAUAAAAUAUAGUCACAUUCCUUCCACCUUUUCACCCCCUUAAAGGAUGAAUUUUGGGAAAUAAACUGUCCUUUGUCUAUCAGUCUCAAAACUAUCCCCAAUGAGGGCUAUCGCGUAUGAAUCCGCCGCUAGAGGCGC